AUGUAUCUAUCAGCAGGGAUAAGAAGGUCCACCUUCACGCCAAUCAAACACGGGUUGCCACACCAAGCCAGCAAUUCAAUGUCCAACAACGACGUUUUCUCCCCUUCUCUCUCCCAUGACAUACCAUCUUUCUACCAUCCCGCACAAUCUCUCCAAAUCAUCGCAACUAAUGUUCAUGUAAUCAAUUUAGACUUCAUUCCCGUUCCUGUCAUUUUGAACUCACUUUCUCCCUUUCUACCGUCUUCUGCUUUUUCAACUCAGCGCAAAGAAGGGACUCGGACAUGGAAUUCACUGCAUCUGGCUAUCGAAAGCACUCUUUAUCUUCUCCCCCAUCUGUAUGUGUUUACGGAAUUUUUUUUUGUUAUUUCUUACUUCCUUUCCUCCUUUGUUGCCUUUCCCUUUUGCCCGGAGUUUCGACGUUAG